UUUUGCUGGUUCCCAGCCCAGAAGAGCCACUGCAAAGAGGAAGAAUGGAGAAGCCAUCCAAAGCCAAAUAUCGGAGUCGCGGUAGCUUUCACCCUGAGGAGACCAGAAAGGGGAUGUUUGGGCUGAAGCUGAAGAAGAAGAAAAAUAAAGCAGAGAAGGGGUUAACCCUAGCCAACAAGGGUGCACAAGAUGUUCAAGGUGAAGCAGAAGCACCACAGGAGGGACCUUCUCACCAGGAAGGACCAAGAGCAGAUCUGGUUUAUGAUAAUGGUUCUGUUGCUCCUGUCCCCUCAGCUCUUCCAAAGAGAAGAUCAAAGCUAUCAGCUAAGAUCCAUGAUGGGGAGGUCAAAUCCCAAAGCUACCAAAUCGCCAUAACCAUCACUGAGGCCCGCCAGCUGGUGGGGGAGAACAUCGACCCAGUCGUGACCAUUGAGGUCGGGGAUGAGAAGAAGCAAAGCACUGUGAAGGAAGGAACCAACAGCCCAUUUUACAAUGAAUACUUUGUCUUCGACUUCAUUGGGCCCCAAGCACAUCUUUUUGACAAGAUCAUCAAAAUCUCAGUGUUUCACCACAAGCUGAUAGGAAGCGUUCUGAUUGGCUCCUUCAAAGUAGAUCUGGGCACCGUGUACAACCAACCUGGUCAUCAGUUCUGCGACAAGUGGGCCGUGCUCACAGACCCUGGCGACAUCAGGACCGGCACCAAGGGCUACCUGAAGUGUGAUAUCAGUGUGACCGGGAAAGGCGACGUCUUAAAGCCCAACCCCAAAACCUCCGAUGCUGAGGAACAAAUAGAAAAGAACCUUCUGAUUCCCCAAGGGUUUCCAUCAGAGAGACCCUGGGCCCGAUUCUACGUGAGACUCUACAAGGCGGAAGGGUUGCCCAAAAUGAACUCGAGCAUCAUGGCGAACGUCACCAAAGCGUUUGUGGGUGACAGCAAGGACCUGGUGGAUCCCUUCGUGGAGGUCUCCUUUGCUGGGCAGAUGGGGCGGACCACAGUGCAAAAGAACUGUGCUGACCCUGUGUGGCACGAGCAGGUGGUCUUCAAGGAAAUGUUCCCUCCGUUGUGCCGGAGGGUGAAAAUCCAGGUGUGGGACGAAGGCAGCAUGAACGACAUAGUGCUGGCGACCCAUUUCAUUGACCUGAAGAAAAUCUCCAAUGAACAGGAUGGAGAUAAAGGCUUCCUGCCUACCUUCGGACCUGCCUGGAUUAAUCUGUAUGGCUCACCCAGGAACCACAGUCUGAUGGAUGACUACCAGGAACUGAACGAAGGCUUUGGGGAAGGUGUGUCAUUCAGGGGCAGAAUCUUGGUAGAAAUUGCUGUGGAAAUCCUCUCGGGAGGGGCGCAAGAGUCUAAAUUUUCCAAGGCCCUGAAGGAGCUCAAGUUGCCUUCCAAGGACAAAGACUCCAAAUCCUCCAAAGGCUCAAAUAAAGACAAGGCUGACAAAACUGACGAUGGAAAAUCCCAGCAGGCUUCAGACAAAACUAACUCAACCGAGGUUGAGGUGGAACCUUUCGACGUGCCCCCGGAGAUUGCACCAGAAAAACAGGAGGAAUUUUUACUCUUUGGAGCAUUUUUUGAAGCUACCAUGAUUGAUCGGAAGAUUGGAGAUAAACCCAUCAGCUUUGAGGUUUCUAUUGGUAAUUUUGGAAACCUGAUUGAUGGAGGGUCCCAUCAUGGGAGUAGGAAGAAGUCAGCUGAAUUAGUUGAGGAAGACCUUCCACUGCUGCAUGAAGGACGAGAGGAGGCAGCCCAUGAUGUUGCCCUCCCUAUGGCCUCCACCACUCACCCAGAGAAGCCGCUGGUGACGGAAGGGAACAGGAAUUACAACUAUUUGCCAUUCGACGCUAAGAAGCCUUGUGUCUAUUUCGCCAGUUCUUGGGGAGACCAGACAUUCAGGCUGCACUGGUCUAACAUGCUGGAGAAAAUGGCGGACCUCCUGGAAGAAAGUAUAGAAGAAGUGAAAGAAUUAAUCAAGAUUUCAGAGGAGGCACCGGAAGAGAAGAUGAAAACAGUGCUCAGUGACUUCAUCAGUCAAAGCAGUGCCUUUAUCUCUGAAGCAGAAAAGAAGCCCAAGAUGUUGAACCAAACCACUUUAGAUAAGAAACGACUUACACUCUGUUGGCAGGAAUUGGAGGCAAUGUCCAAGGAGGCCAAGGGGAUCCUCCAGCAGCAGAAGAAAAAGUUAUCUCUUGAUGAAAUGAUCCACGAAGCCCAAAACUUCGUAGAAAAAAUCCGCUUUCUUGUUGAUGAGCCCCAGCACACCAUUCCUGAUGUCUUCAUCUGGAUGCUCAGCAACAACAAGAGAGUGGCAUAUGCCCGCAUCCCCUCCAAAGACCUGCUCUACUCCCCCGUCGCGGAGCAGAUGGGCAAACACUGCGGCAAGAUGAAAACUCACUUCCUUAAACUUCCUGGAAAACGGUCCUCUGGUUGGUCGGUGCAGGCAAAAGUCGACGUGUACCUGUGGCUGGGCUCCACCAGACACUCCAGUGCCGCUUUGGACAACUUGCCAGCAGGCUAUGAAGCAGAAAUGCCCUCCAAAGUGGCUGGCGCUAAUCACCCCCCAGCCAACCUGCUCUACCAAGCCCGGCACAUCUUUCAGCUGAGAGCUCACAUGUACCAAGCCCGGGGCCUCAUCGCAGCUGACAGCAAUGGACUUUCAGACCCCUUUGCCAAAGUCACGUUCCUUUCCCACUGCCAGACCACAAAGGUCAUUUCCCAGACCCUGUCCCCAACCUGGAACCAGAUGCUGCUGUUCAAUGACGUGGUGCUGCACGGAGACGAGAAGGAGCUGGCAGAGUCCCCGCCCUUAGUGGUGGUGGAACUGUACGACAGCGAUGCGGUGGGGAAGCCAGAAUACUUGGGUGCCACGGUGGCUGCUCCCAUGGUGAAGUUAGCUGACCAGGACUAUGAGCCACCCAGCCUGUGCUAUCACCCUGUCUUUUGUGGGAACCUCUCUGGAGGGGACCUCCUCGCCACAUUUGAACUGCUGCAGGUCCCUUCAUCUGGGCUGCAAGGGCUCCCUGCCGUGGAUCCACCAGACGUCGCCCAGAUCUACCCUGUUCCUGCCAACAUCCGGCCAGUGCUGAGUAAAUACCGAGUGGAGGUGCUCUUCUGGGGAGUUCGGGAAAUGAAGAAGGUGCAGCUCCUCUCGGUGGAUCGGCCGCAGGCUCUCAUUGAGUGCGGGGGACGAGGAGUGAAGUCCUGCGUGAUCCAGAGCUACAAGAACAACCCCAACUUCAACAUCCAGGCAGACUCCUUUGAAGUGGAGCUGCCGGAGAACGAGCUUCUGCACCCGCCCCUGAGCAUCUGCGUGGUGGACUGGAGAGCUUUUGGGAGGAGCACCCUUGUGGGCACCUACACCAUCAACUGCUUGAAGCAGUUUCUGUGUAAAUCCAGAGAGCCCCCUGCCCUCAUCUCACAGGUGGAUGGAACCCAGCUGGGGCAAGAUUCGGCAAUAGCCACUGAGCCCUCUGAGCCUCUCAGCUCCUCCCAGGACCCCCCAGAAAACCACAUAUAUGUGGAUGUUGAGCCGCCACCCACAGUGGUACCUGACUCUGCCCAAGCUCAGCCGGCCAGCAUCAUUGACAUUCCCGACUCAUCUCCUAUGCUGGAGCCUGAACACAAGCCUGCAGCCCCGGAGCCACCAAACGAUGGAAAAGUCAAGGACGCCAGGAAGCCUUCUCGGAGGUCCACUAAAAGAAGAAAGAGGACCAUUGCGGAUGAAUCUGCUGAAAAUGUCAUUGACUGGUGGUCUAAGUAUUAUGCCUCCCUGAAGAAAGCACAGAAGGCAAAGGAGAGCAAUCCCAAGGAGAAAAAAGGUAACACAGAGGCAAAGCCAGAUGAGGUAGUGGUAGAUAUAGAAGACGGCCCGAAGAAGAAGAAAGACAAGAUGCUCAAGAAGAAACCCAAAGACGAUGGGAUCCCCAACCUGGCCGUCUUGCAGAUAUACGAUGGUGAUCUCGAGAGUGAAUUCAACAAUUUUGAAGACUGGGUGAAAACCUUUGAGCUCUUCAGAGGCAAGUCUACAGAGGAUGACCAUGGUCUUGAUGGAGACCGAGUCAUAGGGAAGUUUAAGGGCUCCUUCUGCAUCUACAAAAGCCCCGAGGACUUUAGCUCCGAAGACAGCGGGCAGCUGAGAAUACAGCAAGGGAUUCCGCCCAACCACCCCGUCAAAGUCCUGAUCAGGGUGUACAUUGUCGCGGCAUUUAAUCUUAGCCCAGCUGAUCCAGAUGGAAAAUCAGAUCCCUACAUUGUGAUCAGGAUUGGCAAAACAGAAAUCAAAGACCGGGACAAAUACAUCCCCAAACAACUGAACCCAGUAUUUGGAAGGUCAUUUGAGAUCCAAGCCACAUUCCCAAAGGAGUCCAUGCUGUCUGUCCUGAUCUACGACCAUGAUAUGAUUGGGACAGACGACCUCAUUGGCGAGACCAAGAUUGACCUAGAGAACCGCUUCUACAGCAAACACCGAGCCAUCUGUGGCUUGCAGAGCCAGUAUGAAAUAGAAGGAUACAAUGCCUGGAGAGAUACAUCCAAACCCACCGAAAUCCUCACAAAGCUCUGCAAAGACAACAAGCUGGAUGGACCCUACUUUCACCCUGGGAAAAUACAGAUUGGAAACCAGGUCUUUUCUGGAAAAACUGUCUUCACUGAAGAGGACACUGAUGAGACAGUGGAGUCCUAUGAGCACUUGGCCCUCAGGGUUUUACGCUCUUGGCAGGAUAUCCCAAAAGUCGGGUGUAGGCUGGUUCCUGAGCACAUAGAAACUCGGGCGCUGUACCACAAGGAUAAGCCAGGAAUGGAGCAGGGCCGUCUGCAGAUGUGGGUGGAUAUGUUUCCCAAGGAUAUGCCUCAGCCUGGACCUCCUGUUGACAUUUCACCAAGACGACCCAAAGGGUACGAAUUGAGGGUGACUAUCUGGAACACUGAAGAUGUCAUUUUAGAGGAUGAGAAUAUCUUCACAGGCCAAAAAUCGAGUGAUAUUUAUGUUAAAGGGUGGAUAAAGGGGCUGGAAGACGACAAGCAGGAGACAGACGUGCAUUACAACUCCCUGACCGGAGAGGGCAACUUCAACUGGCGCUUCCUGUUUCCGUUCCAGUAUCUCCCAGCCGAGAAGCAAAUGGUCAUCACCAAGAGGGAGAACAUCUUUUCCUUAGAGAAGAUGGAGUGUAAGACUCCCGCUGUGCUGGUGCUCCAGGUUUGGGAUUUUGAAAGGCUGUCCUCAGAUGACUUCCUGGGCUCCCUGGAAAUGAACCUCAAUAGUUUCCCUCGAGCAGCCAAGUCUGCCAAAGCCUGUGAUCUCAGCAAGUUUGAAAAUGCAAGUGAGGAGAACAAGAUCUCUAUAUUCCAGCAAAAGCGUGUGCGUGGCUGGUGGCCUUUUGCUAAAAGCAAAGAACUCACAGGAAAAGUUGAAGCUGAGUUCCACCUGGUCACAGCAGAAGAAGCGGAGAAAAACCCUGUCGGAAAAGCCCGAAAGGAGCCGGAGCCCCUGGCCAAGCCCAACCGCCCAGACACCUCCUUCUCCUGGUUUGUGAGCCCCUUCAAGUGCCUGUACUACCUCAUCUGGAGGAAUUACAAGAAGUACAUCAUCAUCGCUUUCAUUCUGAUCAUUCUCAUCGUCUUCCUGGUCCUUUUCAUCUACACCUUGCCGGGAGCCAUCAGCCAAAGGAUUGUGGUGGGCUCAUAGAGGAUCGCGGGGACCUAGGCCCUCCCUCAGCACUGAUCUCCUCCUCUUCCUCAUCGACAAACAUCUGAGAGCACGUGCUGUGCAGGCACUGUGCUGAGUGCUAAGCAGCAGAAGCAAAGCGCCCAGGAACCAGUCCUUAUGUCUGCGGACAGAUUGGCUCUUCUUGGAGGAGCCAGAAAAGAAAUAUUCCCUCCCUACACCAACCCCUGCUUCUGUCUUUCAAACUUAUGAGCCUUAAGUCAUGUUUUUGCCAUGGGCAGCAUGAAAUGAUGACUCUCUUAACUCAGGGUAAUCAACGGUGACCUCAAAUUGACUUAGAUGAAUAUUUUCUUUAUGUAAUUGGUUGUAUUCUGAGAAGUUUCAUUGUGGGUUUGAGAUUUUAUUAGAAGUAUUUUAUUUUAAACAAAAUUUUACAAUAAAUAGGCUGAAAACAUUAUAGCAGAUUACUAGGUAUUUAACCUGUUCUGUAUAUCCUAACCCUGUUUAAUUCUUACAGUUUAUAGAAAUGUGUUUAUUUAUUCAGGCUGUGAAACCCAUUUGGAGAACACUUCAUAUAAAUCAUCUAAAAGACUUCAUUGUUGAAAUUCCCAUCUAGAGAAAAGAUGUUCCUGGUUUUCAAUUAAAGUCAACAUGUGUAGAACAUGUUUAGUAGUAGCAGUGAGUCCUGGAGAAAUCCAUUUUGAUUUAUGCACUAUGGCAAUUUCCAAGUGGGAAUUUUACAAUAUGUUGUAAGAUAUAUGAAAUAUAAUUGUGUGUAUGUGUGUAUGGGUUAGCAGGCGCUCCAUGCUCCUGUAGGAAUUCUCUUUUGCCAGAUACCCAGGCAUUGUCAUAGACCAUGACAUGAAUGACCAUCCCUAGCACUGUUCAGCACUUAGCCUGACCACCAUAUGUGGCAGGUUUCAUCAUGAAUCUCAAGCACACGUUAAUUUCAAAACCAGUGUUAGAAAUAAUACCUUAUGUACUUGUCAUGUGGGGUCAGUUUUUCUUGAAAGUAAACCUCUGAUCUUCAAAACACAGUCUAGAUCUGCCACCCUUCUUAAAAGCAGGGAGUUGAAGUGAGGGGCAGGUUUUUCUCAGAUAUAAGGAAACAAAGGAAUUGGAAUGGUUGGCCUCAAUUCCUAUGCAGAAUUCUGGCCUCAUACACAAAUAAAUAGGGCAGCCAUUUCUUCUUUCUGUCAUUGGACCCAUCUGGUGGUGCUGAGAACCUGGGCUGGUGCUCCUUUCUAGACACCAGAAGCACCAGGCUACUGUUUUGUUUUGCUUUGUUUUUUGGUAGCUUUGCACAGUUUUAACUCUUCUAAAGGGAAGGAUGUUUACUUCUACAUAGAAAGUCAUUUUAGAAUGUUCGUGAUCCAUCAAAGAAAGACUGAAGACUGUUCUGUGUGAUUUUAGACUUAAGCAUUGUUCACUGAAUUCUAGCCCUCGAAGCUCACUCCCUAGAAACCCACAUGCCCUAUUUUCCUGAGACGCUGAAAAAUAGAGCAUUUCCUGCAUUGGCAACGUUUCUUAGUGGGAGUGAUUACAUAAACUGUAGUUCAUUCUUACUGUGCAAUAAUGCACAGCCAUCGCUAAUGAUGCAGCUGAAAAUACUUGAUGGCAUGGAACACAUACAUUGAGUGCAUUGCAAGUGCAAAAAUAUAUAUGGGUUAGGAAACUAUAUAGUACAGCUUGCUGUAAAAAGAAAAUAUAUAUACGUGCAUAGAAAAAAAUAUC